AUGGUGCCGAUCCCAACCUCAAGUUCAACGGAUUCACUCCCUGGCAAAAAUGCUUGGUACACGGCAUGGGGCUAUGUUCCAGUGAGCCAGUUGCUACCGGUUCUUGACAUUUUGCUAGAGUACGGCGCAGACUCGAACGCCUACGUCGAAAACAACGUCAGGCUGUCCAAACGCAAAUGGCAAAAGAGUCGCCAUACAGUGCUUCUGGUAGCUUCUGAUGACCCUGGCUCUUAUGCUGACUGUGGCUCUGAUGAUGACAGUGGCUAUUAUGCAGAAACGCGAGCUGAGCAAGAGAGACUGGACAAAUUCAUCGGAGUGUUGAAAAAGAGAGGCGGAAAGACCAAGGAGUGGAGGGAGGAGACUAAGGUUUUUGUGCGCCAUGCGAUUUUGGGCGGUCUUCAAGCACAGAAGUUGUGCACAAUACUCUAA